UUCAAGGCCGUUGUAUGAACGAUAAAAGUAGAAAUUAGGUUAUGCUCGACUGUGUUUGUCAAAUCAUUAUCCUAUUGUUGUGUUACAUAACAGUAAUUAUAUCCCGAUUUGUUUACCAUUUUAUCAAAAUAAUAGAUAUUGUAACAUAAGUUUAUUGAAAAUGUGAUGUAUGCGAAUAUAUUACGAAGCGUUUUUACAACGUCACGGUAUUUUAUAACGGAUAUAAAACCGGUGGGGAUAUUUCAUUUACACAUAUCAGCAGUAACAAAUAUGGCCAAACAGAUUGAUAAGGCUGAACUAAAAAAUCGUUUAACCCCCAUUCAAUAUCAUGUUACACAAGAAAAAGGAACAGAGAGACCAUUUUCAGGUUGUUAUAAUAAAACAUAUGAUGAAGGAACUUAUGUUUGUAUCGUUUGCGAACAAUCUUUAUUUAGUUCAGAAACUAAGUAUGAUAGUGGAUGCGGAUGGCCUGCUUUUAAUGAUGUCUUAGAUAAGGGAAAAGUUAAACUAUCACCAGACACUAGUGGAGUUGGUGCAAACCUUUUACUCCUAAUAUCCCAACCAGGGAGGAUUCGUACUGAAGUGACCUGUGUGGAAUGCGGAGCACACUUAGGCCAUGUCUUUGGCGAUGGACCUCCACCGACCAAAAAAAGAUUCUGCAUUAACUCCGCUUCUCUAAAAUUUAUACCAAAGAAUAAAGAAGAUAAAACUGGAGAUAGCUAGUGCUGACAGGUUGUAACUUACAAGAAAACGUUUGUAAAUAUUUAAAUUGCCCAAAAAUGUUUGUUACAAUCAAAUCUGAAAAUGUUCUCAACUUGGUUUUAUAGACAGUAAAUAUUGCCGACUAUGUACUUCAUUAAAGCUUUUGUCUAAGAUAUGAGUCUUGUAAUAUAAUCAUGAUAUUACUGAUAAAGCAAAAUUUCUUUCAAGGGAUACAAUUGCACAAAUCUUUGUCCAUUUCUUGUAAUGAUUUAUUUUCACUCUAAACGCUAUCAUUCUAAGCCAUUAAUUACUAUGAUCUUCCGUCCUUUAAAUAGACUUUAAGCUCGUAAAAAAAGUAAGUUUCAUUACAAUGGGCUAUACACUAGGGAAUUAAAUUUUAAUGAACUAUUUUUGGUGCACUUUAAAUAUUUUUUUAUCGGUGAUAUGGAUAACUUUGGCCUUAAAAUGCAAGUGUUAUAUAUAUUUUUGGUAUCUUAUUUAUUUUUCAUUUUAGAUUAAUCAAAUAAAUUUAACUCACUGGCGUUAUCACUAAUAAGAAUGUGUAUUGACAAAGUGUAGUUAAACAAUUAAUACAAAUUGUUUUUAUAAUUUGGUUUUCUUAAUUGAGAUUAAUUAAUAUUAUAUUACGUAGUUCAAAUCAAAUAACUAAAUAGCAGUCUUUUGUGAAUUUCCUUUGUUGAGUAUAUUUAUAAAGUGAAUACAGUGUUGCUCUUCUCUGUCA